AUGGAGGACAACUACCAGAACCGGACUGCCUUCAUUAAAGGUGCCAAAGACAUUGCCAAAGAAGUCAAACGGCAGGCCACGAAGAAAGUGGGCCGUUCUGUGGACCGAAUGAGCGACGAAUAUGCCAAACGCUCCUACAGCCGCUUCGAGGAGGAUGACGAUGAUGACUAUCCCAUGCAGGGGAGCCAGGAUGGAGGAUAUUACCGUGGAGAGAGUCAGGCCAACGAUGAUGAAGGAGGACACAGCGACUCCACAGAGGGCCACGAUGAAGAUGACGAGAUCUACGAGGGCGAGUACCAGGGCAUCCCGAGGGCGGACUCUGGGAAAGCGAGCAUCGCUGGAGGUCCCGGGUCAGUCCAGGCAGGGGCACAGCAGUUCACCGAUAUCGGGGUGUCAGAUGCAGAGAGGAGGAAAGAUCAAGAGGAGCUCGCCCAGCAGUAUGAGACCAUCCUGCAGGAAUGUGGCCACGGAAAGUUCCAGUGGAGCCUGUAUUUCGUGUUGGGGCUGGCGCUGAUGGCUGAUGGGGUGGAGAUCUUUGUCGUGGGGUUUGUGCUGCCCAGUGCGGAGAAGGACAUGUGUCUGUCUGAGCCCAACAAGAGCAUGCUGGGUCUGAUUGUGUACUUUGGGAUGAUGGUGGGGGCGUUCUUGUGGGGGGCUCUCGCGGAUCGAAUCGGACGUCGCCAGGCACUCCUCAUCUCUCUCUCCAUCAACAGCAUUUUCUCCUUCUUCUCCUCCUUCGUCCAAGGAUACAGCACCUUCCUGUUCUGCAGACUGCUCUCCGGAGUCGGAAUUGGUGGAUCUAUUCCUAUCGUUUUUUCCUAUUACUCUGAGUUUCUGGCUCAGGAGAAGCGUGGAGAGCACCUGAGCUGGCUCUGCAUGUUUUGGAUGAUUGGAGGGAUCUAUGCCUCUGCCAUGGCCUGGGCCAUUAUCCCACAUUAUGGAUGGAGUUUCCAGAUGGGCUCGGCCUAUCAGUUCCACAGCUGGAGGGUGUUUGUGCUGGUCGCUGCAUUUCCAUCUGUGGCAGCCAUAGCAGCUCUCAACGCCAUGCCCGAGAGCCCACGCUUCUACCUAGAGAAUGGGAAGCACGAUGAAGGCUGGAUGAUACUAAAGCAGGUCCAUGACACCAACAUGAGAGCCAAAGGGUAUCCGGAGAGGGUCUUCUCUGUCACCACCAUUAAAACAGUGAAGCAGAUGGACGAGCUGGUGGACACUGGAACUGACACUCCGGUCUGGCAACGCUACCGCCUCAAGAUUAUGAGUCUGUCCCAACAGAUUCGUAACAACAUUCUAGCCUGCUUCAAUCCAGAGUACAAACGCACAACUUUUAUGCUGAUGGCUGUGUGGUUUAGCAUGUCUUUCAGCUACUACGGUCUGACAGUUUGGUUCCCAGACAUGAUCAAAUACAUCCAAAAACAGGAGUACGAGUCUCGCACAAAAACAUUCACCAAAGAGCGAGUGGAGCAUGUGACCUUCAACUUUACACUGGAAAACCAAAUCCACCGCCAGGGAUACUACUUUAACGAUAAGUUUCUGAAUUUGAAAAUGAAAUCAAUGGUGUUUGAGGAUUCAGUUUUUGAGGAGUGCUACUUUGAGGACAUCACAUCCACCCACACUUUCUUUAGGAACUGCACUUUCGUCUCAACUUUAUUCUACAAUACAGACUUGUUCAAAUACAGGUUAGUGAACUGUAAGCUCCUGAACAGUUCCUUUUAUCACAGCAAAGAAGGCUGCAUGUUGGACUUCAGCGAUGACUUCAACAAUGCUUACAUGAUUUACUUUGUCAACUUCCUCGGCACCCUGGCCGUGUUGCCUGGCAACAUUGUCUCCGCUCUAUUAAUGGACAAAAUUGGUCGUUUAAGAAUGCUGGCGGGGUCCAGUGUCAUCUCGUGUGUCAGCUGUUUCUUCCUCAUGUUUGGAAACACAGAGUCUGGGAUGAUCGCCCUCUUGUGUUUGUUUGGAGGUAUUAGCAUCGCCUCCUGGAACGCCCUGGAUGUCCUCACAGUGGAGCUCUACCCCUCAGAUAAAAGGACCACAGCGUUUGGCUUCUUGAACGCCCUGUGUAAGCUUGCAGCUGUUUUGGGCAUCAGUAUUUUCCAGUCUUUCGUGGGGAUCACAAAAGCGGUGCCCAUCCUGUUCGCGGCCGGUGCCCUCGCGGCCGGCAGCUUCCUCGCCACAAAGCUACCUGAAACGAGAGGCCAGGUAUUGCAGUAAAAACCAACGCAAGCCCCCAAAUGCAGGGCCCAGUUACAGCUACUACAGCCUUUGGACAUCUGAGAGAGCUGCCCCAUCAUCGAACCAGAGCAAGAAGAC